AUGGACACUGCGGAGAAUACGCAACACCACUUCCGGUCCUCCGUCAUCCGACCUCAGAGUAACCUCCCGCGACCAGGCGCCUUCUCCUCAGGCCUGUCCGAAAUGAACGAAUCGCAAAGCAACACGCGCGCGCACCCGUCCAUGAUACCGCCGCCGGGCGCAUCCAAGAUCGGCUCGCUCAACAGCGCGAUGAACUUGAAGAGGGAGGUCCCGAAGCCAGCAUUCGGCUACCAAGCACCACAAGACCCUCGCCGAGAGGGCAGGCGAAUACCCGACCAAGCACUCAUCCUCGGCGGCGGCAGGCGCGGGUGCUUCUGGCAUCGCCAGAGCGCCUUCUGUCAGGCGGGUGCCCGGGUCGACGUUGGCAGAGGUAGGUCCCCGGUUUCGUUGUGUUGCGUCUCUGUGAAUCGUGCACCUCGCAUUCUCAUCCCCGGCAAUCCUGCGUCGAGCUUCUCCUUGGACAUGGCCCCCGAGUCGACUACGGCCUCCAGCAUCGUUCUCCGGCUUAAUGGUUUUCGGAUGAUUCUGUGGAUAGCGGUGCAUCUUUUUCGCUCUAUACGGCAAAUCUGGCGAGCAACUAUCCAGUCCGUUCCUCGACCAUACUUUUGGCAAAGGCUGCUUGCGUCCUUCCCGCUUCCCUGGGACGAAGACGCCCUCAGUCGACCACGCUCUCGUCCUCGGAACGGUUCUUCAGUCUCUGCGCCAACGUACAUGCGCUGCGUCUCCGGUAGACUACAACUGUGGCUCGGAAUGCAAAGCGACAGCGACAACCCACGUAGCGGCAUUCGACUCCUCCUAGACGCCGAGGUCGAAGAGGGCAAAUGCUACCCGGCCAUGGAAUACGACGACAAGACGGACGACAGGGAUGAGCUGCGUUGUGUACCGCCCAAUGCUCGCUCAAAACAACCAGAUGUAGCUCGCAUGCUGACUCGCAGUAGCUCAAAAACCCAGAUAAUAUCAGACCUCGAAAUGGAACGACGACAUCACGAUACAAUCAGACCAGCAACUUCUCCGCGAGCGUCGGCCCCCAUGGCCAUGAACGCGCGAAAUCCUCCCUUGCUCAUUCAAAGUCGGUACACGGACAGCCCCGGACCCGAAACGCCAACCCGCAUACGAGACCGCGCACGGCAUACGGUCAUCGAUCAGAGGAAGAGUUUGAUGGACCAAUAG